AUAAUGUACUGCUAGAAUGUUUGUACAGUUUGUUUUUGUACUGCUGGGUCUGGAGGUGUGUACUAGGGUGGAGGGGAUAACCUGUUAUAUCUGUGAGUCCUAUAGAGAUUUUAGAUGUUUAGAUCCAUUCGAUUAUCAGCCCUUUGUGCAGAUGAACUGUGACCAGGCAAGCUGGGUUCGGGAGAAGAAUCCUGUUUUCUGUGAGAAAAGGACCGAGGUUGUUGACGGGGUUUACGUGACAACACGAGGCUGCAGUAUAGAUUUCAAAUGGGAGGAUGUACAGGAGUACGCGGAUCACAGGGGAGGACGGAUACCUUGUAUCCGGAGAGGAAGGAAGGAAACUUGUCUUUGCACCGAGGAUAGAUGUAACUCUUCUAAAUCCUUGAACCUGGUUUUCUCUUUCCCAGUUCUUCUUAUCCUAACAUUUGUUUUCCAAUCCUUCUCAUCUUAAUCUUCUCAUUAAACCUCCAUUCUAAAAUUCCUGAAAUCAUCCUAACUUUUUCUCAUCCAUUUCCUUGUUAAACUUACCUUUUUCAUACAAUUCAUUUUCAUCCUAACUUUUCUAUUCCAUUUCUUUCAUAUAAUUACCUAUUUCAUCCUUUUCUGUUUCACCCUUACCGCGCGUUCUUUUUUAAUUCCUUUUUAUACUUACCUUUUUCAUCCUAACGUUUCUAUUUCAUUUUCUUCAUAUACUUAUUACGUACCUUAUUUAUUGAUUUUCAUCCUAGCCCUUUUCAUCUAAUCCUUUUUAUGGCUUACCCCUCUCGUUCAAUACCUUUCUUAUCCGAACAUUUUUCACCCUGACCUUACUCAUCCAAUUUUUUUCAUCCAUUACUACCUUUCUCGUCCAAUUCUUUAAUACCAUUUCCUUUCUAAUCAAAUCUUUUUUCAUCCUUACAAUAUUUUUUUUCGUCCUUACCUUUUUCGUCCAGUCUUUUUUAUCUCUUCCUUUCUCAUCCAAUUUAUUUUUCAUCUCUACCUUUCUCAUCCAAUUUAUUUUUCAUCUCUACCUUGUCUCAUCCAAUUUAUUUUUCCUCUUCAGCUUUCUCAUCCAAUUUAUUUUUUAUCUUCAGCUUUCUCAUCCAAUUUAUUUUUUAUCUUCAGCUUUCUCAUCCAAUUUAUUUUUCCUCUUCAGCUUUCUCAUCCAAUUUAUUUUUCCUCUUCAGCUUUCUCAUCCAAUUAAUUUUUUAUCUUUACUUUCUCUUUUCCAAUCCUUUUUCACCCCCUCCUCUCAGCCAUUUUUCAUUAAAAUCUUUACCAUUGUUCUCUUGUUCCAGCUAACUAAUGAACUAUGUACAAUGUCAAGCGAUUAUAAAAAUUCUUGACCAUUUGGUAUUAUUUCAAUAUAAUAGUGACCCUCAAGUAUAAUCAAACACAAAUUUAUAAAUCCACAUAAAAGCAUAUUGUCAUUUAUUGCGUAUUUGCGAUUAUAUUAGACAAUUAGUGUAAAAGUAUAUAAUCCAUUAUAUAAACUUAAACAAUGCUAUAAUAACAUAAUUGUUUACAUGAUGAAUAUUAUAAAUAUUAUGUGUAUAUAUUAUUUUUAGUUUUCCAAGAAAUGUAAUUAUUACAAAACUGAACAUGUUUACCUGAAAAAUGAUCUAGAACAUUCCGUCCAAUCUACUCAAUCGAUAUUUUUAAACAUUUAUAUUUUUAUAUAACGUUAUAUUUGUUGUGUUUGUAUAUAUGUAAUCUCUUCAGAAA